GAGGCCGAGACCUAAAGGGAAGGUGCAGAGGCUCUGAGAGGAGAGGCAGAGAAAGUGGCAGAGCGGGAGGACAGAGUGCCUCUGGGACAGGCGAGAGCCGAGAAGUCAAGGGCCACCUCAGGGGGUAGAGAGGAGAGCAGAGGAGACGAAGGGAAGAGAGACAGAAGGUAGACACCAAGAACACCAAGGAAGCUGAAGAGGCUGUGGGAGCCAGAGACGGGAGCCAUGCCCCACAGCUCCGACAGCAGCGACUCCAGCACCUUCAGCCAGUCUCCCCCUCCCAGCAAGCAGGACUCUUCUGACGACAUGAGGAAAGUCCAAAGGAGGGAGAAGAAUCGCAUUGCCGCCCAGAAGAGCCGCCUGAGGCAAACCCAGAAAGCAGACACUCUGCACUUGGAGAGCGAAGAUCUGGAGAGGCAGAAUGCUGCUCUGCGCCGGGAGAUCAAGCAGCUGACAGAGGAGAUGAAGCACUUCGCCACAAUGCUGAGCUCCCACGAACCGCUCUGCUCCAUCCUGACACCCCCUCCGCCACCUCCAGAAGUGCUUUAUGCCACACAUUCCUUUCACCAGCCCCACAUCAGCUCCCCACGCUUCCAGCACUGAGCCAGCCAGCAGGACGGCAGCCUGCCGACUCCACCGACGGCAAGAAGCAACUUUGUGGGGCUCGCUCUUCCAUCCAAGGGAAAGGAACAGAAGGAUGGAUGGACACCUUCUCAAAGUACAAGUAUACUCUGAGUGACUUGCCUAAGAAUUCCUCCCUGUGCAGAAACGGCAGAGCUACCAGGAGGCAUCUUCAGGCAUCUACCAGGACCCUGGGAAGAGAAGGCGUUUGCAAAAGGGCACUGACUCCCUUCCUCCCUGCUUUCCUGGGAAGGCUCACAGGAGUGCGUGACACCGGCAGCCUCAGUGGGAAUGGCAGGCUGCCGUGCACAACAGCCAGAGCUCCAGGGAGAUGAACGGGAGCAGGGGAAGAGCAGAAGGUUGGGAGCCACUGAGUACCAGGGCAAAACUGGUUUAUUUUUGUAAAAUAAAGAUUGA